GUGUGUGUGUGUGUGCGUGCGGCGGGGACGGCGCCCCAGACUCCGUGGCCUGCCCCACUUGUGCUGCCGGCCAAGGCGACGCGGAAAUGGAGCUGGUGUCCUUUGAGGACGUGGCCGUGGACUUCACGUGGCAGGAGUGGCAGCAUCUGGACGUGGCUCAGCGAGCCCUCUACCGGGAGGUGAUGCUGGAGAACUACAGCAGCCUUCUGCUCUUGGGGCACUGUUUGACCAAGCCCGACUUGAUAUUCAGGUUGGAGCACGGGUACGCACCCUGGAGCAUGGCUGAAGACUCCCUUGAGAGGCUGCAAGAAUUGAAAUUUCAACAGAAUAUCCACUGGACACCGGCUCGUGAAUGUAACCAGUUCGAGAAAGCGGUUUACCAUAAGUUACACCUCACGCAUCAUCAGAUGACUCAUUUAAGUGAGAAGCCAUAUGAAUGUAGUGAGUAUGAGAACGGCUUCUUCUGGAAGCCACGCUUCCCAGUUCAUUCAGGUGAAAAGCUGUAUCGAUGUCAUAAGUGUUGGAAAUUGUUCUUCACAAAGCCAGAACUCACUGCUCACCAGAGAACUCAUUCAGAAGAGAAAUCUUACGAAUGUAAGGUCUGCAGGAAAACUUUCUGCCAUAAGUCUAACUUCACCGUCCAUCAGAGAAUCCACACGGGUUAUAAGCCAUACGAGUGCAAGGAAUGCGGGAAGGCGUUCUUUCAGAAGUCCGUCCUCAUCAUCCACCAGCGGACGCACACCGGCGAGAAGCCGUAUCAGUGUCACCAGUGUCUGAAAGCCUUUUUCUCCAAGUCGCAGCUCACUAUGCACCUGAAGAUCCACACAGGCGUGCGGCCGUACGUGUGCCCCGAGUGCGGCAAGGCGUUCCUGCACAAGUCGAAGCUCACCGUGCACCAGAGGACGCACACCGGCGAGAAGCCGUACGCGUGCACCGAGUGUGACAGAGCCUUCUUUUCCAAGUCGGAGCUCACCGUGCACCAGCGGGUUCACACGGGCGAGAAGCCGUACGCGUGCAACGACUGUGAGAAGGCCUUCUCCUCCAAGUCCCAGCUCACCAUGCACCAGCGGGUUCACGCCGGCGAGAAGCCGUACAAGUGCAGCGAGUGUGAGAAAGCCUUCUUCCUGAAGUCCUACCUCACCAUCCACCACAGGAUUCACACCGGCGAGAGGCCGUACGCGUGCGGCGAGUGUCAGAAAACCUUCUUCCGCAAGUCGUGCCUCACGAUCCACCAGAAGACGCACGCGGGCGAGAAGCCCUACGAGUGCCCCAAGUGUGGCAAAGCCUUCUCCCGGAAGUCGCACUGCACCGUGCACGAGAAGACGCACGCGGAGGACAGGCUGUACGAGUGCGGCGAGUGCGGGAAAGCCUUCUGCCGGAAGUCGAACUUCACCAUUCACCAGAGGAUCCACACGGGCGAGAAGCCCUACGAGUGCAGCGAGUGUGGCAAAGCCUACUUCCUGAAGUCGCACCUCACCAUCCAUCAACGAACCCACACGGGGGAGAAGCCGAACGAGUGUAACCAGUGCGAGAAAGCUUUCUUCUCCAAGGCCCAGCUCACGAUGCAUCAGAAAACUCACAAACUCGUGCGGCCACACGAGUGUGCGGAGUGUGGGAAAACCUUCCUCUAUAAGUCACGGCUCACCAUUCAUCAGAGGAUCCACACCGGUGAAAAGCCCUACGAAUGUAGCGACUGCGGGAAGUCUUUCCGCCAGAAGUCCAUCUUCAAUAUCCAUCAAAGAACUCACAGCGGCGAGAAGCCCUACGAAUGUAGCAGCUGCCCGAAAGCUUUCUUCUCCAAGUCGGAGCUCACCGUGCACCGGCGAACUCACACGAUCGAGAAGCCUUACGAAUGUAGUGAGUGUGAGAAGGCGUUCUUCAUGAAGUCCUACCUGACCAUCCAUCAGCGAAUCCACACGGGCGAGAGGCCAUACAAGUGCAGCGAGUGCGGGAAGGCCUUCCUCACCAAGUCCAAGCUCACCAUCCACCAAAGAACUCACACGGGAGAGAAGCCGUACGAAUGUAACAAGUGCGGGAAGUCCUUCUGCCAGAAGUCAAACUUCAAUAUUCACCAGAGAAAUCACACGGGCGAGAAGCAAUGUGAAUGUCACGAGUGUGGCAAAGCGUUCUUCUCCCAGUCACAACUUGCCACCCACCAGAGAGUUCACACAGGCGAGAAGCCAUAUAAGUGCAGUGGAUGUGAAAAGGCUUUCUUCCGGAAGGCACACCUCAGGAUUCACCAGAGAACCCACGAAGCUCAGAAGCCAUUUGAAUGUGAUGAGUUGGAGAAAGCUUUCUUCCGGAGCUCGGAUCUGGCCGUUUAUCCGAGAGCCCACACCUUUGAGGAACCGUUUGACUGUAUUUAAUCCGGGAAAGCUUUUCAAGUCCUAACUCACUGUGCAUCAUUGAACUCCAGGUGGGAAGCCAUACGAAUAUAAUGAAUGUGGGAAAGCUUUCUAUUGCAAGCAAUAGUUUGUGAGUCCUGUGAAUAUUUAAAAAAAAAAAAAAAAGCUAGGAAGUUUUUCACUGAAAGUAAUACAUCACUUCAUGUGACAGUUCAUACACUCAAUGUGUCUUAAUAAAUCAUAAAAGUUUUCUAUGCUGGAACUGAGAAUGGAGAUUAUAUAUUGGCAAUAAAUUUGGGAAACUCUGAGUACCCUAGUCCUAACUUCACAUGAGAGUGUGCCUACGGGUAAAACUGAUGAAUGUAGCAUGCACAAUUUAUCCUGUAAUUCAGAGAUUACUAAAAUUCAGAAAACACAUUUAUUGUAAACAUGCCCUGCCAGUGAAUUUGAGUAAUGUGAAUAAUUCUACUCUCAGUGGACAACUGAGGAUGUAAAGAAUAAAGGAAAAGAUUGACAGUA